AUGAAAAUGUCUCGACCUUAUGAAGGCAUCCGUUACACUUCGGAAAAACAAGUUGUUGUAUUGGAUAUUGGAUCAGCGUAUACGAAAUUUGGAUAUGCUGGCGAAGGAACACCACGAGGUAUCGUACGGACAGAGGUUAAAUGUUCUGAUACAAAGCAGAUGCGAAAAAUUUAUAAAUAUAUUGACACUGACGAUCUGUAUCAACUGCUUGUUGAGUUUUUUCACGUUAUAUUUUUCAGACAUGUUGUAAUAACUCCAAAAGAUGUGAAAGUAUUAAUUCUGGAAUCAUUGCUGACACCGUCAAAAUUUCGUGACACAAUGGCUAAAGUACUAUUUAGGCACUUUGAAAUUGGUUCGCUGAUGAUUUUACCUACACAUUUAGUGACAAUUAGCACCUUAGGAUGGGACACAGCUCUUGUACUUGACGUAGGAUAUCAAGAUGCGACUCUUAUUCCUAUUUAUAAAGGAGUUCCUGUUCUUAAAGCUUGGCAAAGUCUACCUCUGGCUUCUGAAGCUAUUCAUGAGCGUAUCAAAAAUGAUAUGAAAGAAGCCAUACCUGAGGUUGAACUUACAGAGCGAGUUAUUGAAGACAUUAAAGUUCGAACUUGUUUUGUAACAACUUUAGAACGUUCUAAAAAGUUAGGUACCGAUGAUGCACCAGCACCUCCGCCGUCGGUUAAAUAUCCAGGGUUAAAAACCAUUGAAAUUCCUGGAUAUGUCAGAGAAAGAUCUUACGAAUUAUUAUGGGAACGCGAUGCUGAUAAUUUGAGCAUACCUACAAUGAUAUUAGAUGCUAUAUUAAAGUGUUCUAUCAUGACUCGUCACGAGCUCGCGGAAAAUAUUCUUUUGAUUGGUGGAACAACAAUGGCAAAAGGAUUUGCUGCUCGUCUAAAGUCAGAACUGACGUCUCUCGUAGCAAGUGAUUUAUAUUCGAACAAAUUAAAAAUUCCUCACUUUAAAUUUCACACCGCUCCAUGCAAACCUAAUUAUACGGCUUGGUUGGGUGGUGCAAUUUUUGGUAUUACUGAUUUGCCAUCUAGAUGUAUUACCAAAGACACUUAUUUAAAGACGAAUAGAAUUCCUGACUGGGUUAAUUUGAUUGAUAACCAAAAAGAACUAGGAUCUAAUUAUGGUGUAUAA